UGCCGAUUCUCGGAAAUUCAACAGUAAAUCUUCAAAAUGCCAAUGCUUCCCCACAUGGUCAAUCUAACGGUCAACGACACAAAACCCGGACCAAUGGCUGAGGAUCAGCUGAAAGCUUAUAGAGAUAGAAAUCAGGAACCCCACCUGCUCACCACAUCCAAUGGAGCUCCGAUCUACUCGAAGACCGCCGUGCUCACCGCCGGACGACGUGGUCCAAUGCUAAUGCAGGACAUCGUUUAUAUGGACGAGAUGGCUCAUUUCGAUCGUGAACGCAUCCCGGAGCGUGUCGUCCAUGCCAAAGGUGGUGGUGCUCAUGGAUACUUCGAGGUCACCCAUGACAUCACCAAGUACUGUAAGGCCGAUAUGUUCAACAAGGUCGGAAAACAGACACCACUUCUCGUUCGUUUUUCAACGGUCGCUGGAGAAUCGGGAUCCGCUGAUACUGUCCGCGAUCCACGUGGAUUCUCUCUCAAAUUCUAUACCGAGGAGGGUAACUGGGAUCUGGUUGGAAAUAACACUCCGAUCUUCUUCAUUCGUGACGCAAUCCACUUUCCGAAUUUCAUUCAUGCCCUGAAGCGCAAUCCACAGACUCACAUGAGGGAUCCGAAUGCGCUCUUCGAUUUCUGGAUGAAUCGCCCUGAAUCCAUUCAUCAGGUGAUGUUCCUCUACUCGGAUCGUGGAAUUCCUGAUGGAUUCCGUUUUAUGAAUGGAUACGGAGCGCAUACUUUCAAGAUGGUCAACAAGGAGGGAAAUCCGAUUUAUUGUAAAUUCCAUUUCAAGCCUGCUCAAGGUUCCAAGAAUCUCGAUCCAACUGACGCUGGAAAGCUCGCCUCUUCGGAUCCAGACUAUGCGAUCCGCGACCUGUUCAAUGCCAUUGAGUCAAGAAAUUUCCCGGAAUGGAAGAUGUUCAUUCAAGUGAUGACAUUCGAACAAGCUGAGAAAUGGGAGUUCAAUCCAUUUGAUGUCACUAAAGUUUGGCCACACGGUGAUUACCCACUGAUCGAGGUCGGCAAGAUGGUGCUGAACAGGAAUGUGAAGAAUUAUUUCGCUGAGGUCGAACAAGCCGCCUUCUGCCCGGCCCACAUCGUCCCAGGAAUCGAGUUCUCGCCAGACAAGAUGCUCCAAGGGCGUAUCUUCUCCUACACGGACACGCAUUACCAUCGCCUUGGACCAAACUACAUUCAGCUUCCAGUCAACUGCCCGUACCGCUCCCGUGCUCAUACCACUCAACGCGAUGGUGCAAUGGCUUAUGAAAGCCAGGGAGAUGCGCCGAAUUACUUCCCGAACAGUUUCCGCGGAUACCGUACUCGUGAUGAUGUGAAGGAGUCGACAUUUCAGACGACUGGAGAUGUUGAUCGUUAUGAGACUGGAGACGAUCACAACUACGAGCAGCCACGUCAGUUCUGGGAGAAAGUGCUCAAGGAGGAGGAGAGAGAUCGGCUCGUUGGGAAUUUGGCUAGUGAUUUGGGUGGCUGUUUGGAGGAAAUUCAAAAUGGAAUGGUCAAAGAGUUCACGAAAGUUCAUCCGGAUUUCGGAAAUGCUCUUCGCCAUCAGCUCUGCCAGAAGAAGCAUUAAAUUGUUUGAUAUUCAAACUUUUGUAUAUAGAAUCUCGUUAUUUAUAAACUCUUUUU